AUGAGUUCCAAUCUCAUGACCAAGCUUAAGGAAACUAUUAAUUAUGUGACCACAUUAAAUCAACUUGUUACUCAAAUAAAACAAAUAGAAACAGAUUUUUAUCAAAAUCCUGGACAAGGAAUUGCCAAAGAAUGUGAGACUUACCAAGGAAUUAUUGGCCAGACUUAUGAUAAGUCUAUUGAUUCUGUAAACACAACAAUCAAUGCAAUUGAACAAAUUCUUGAGCAGAGAUCAAAAUCUGGUUCAAGAGUUGAAACGUCGAUGCCAACCAGAGAGGAGUUAGAUGGAUUACUUUUGAAUCUUUUCCAUGGUAAACCUAAAACUAGACAUGCUCCAAUCCCUAAUUAUUGCGGUUGUUACGCUUACAGGUCUAGAACUCCAAGUCAGAAUCAAUUUGUAUGCGCAAAUAUUAAUAGACAAUUUUUACUCAUGAUGGUUUACAAAUAUGAGAAUGAUACCGUUUAUGUAAUUGAUCCUUAUACAAAUUCUUCAAAUACCGAUGUCAUUGAACUAAAAUCAGACCAGUGGACACCACUGCCUACAAUUAUCCCUGAAAAACCAAUCGCUCGUUGGGAACACGCAAAAAAUGCAAAAGUUUUAGCACUUAUGCCAGCAGAAGGAUCACGAACCUUCUUCCCUGCUACAGUCAUUGCACGACCAUACGAUAUAGUCAGUGAUGGUAAUCCAGAUCAAAUUCGAGGUUAUCAAUUAGAUUUCGGCGAUGAUGACCCCAGAAUUAUACCAGAGCAAUUUGUUGUUAACUUCCCAGAAAAUUGGAAGAGUUUAAUGGAAUAA